AUGGAAGCCAUCAAGAAGAAGAUGCAGAUGCUGAAACUGGACAAGGAGAACGCCAUCGACCGCGCCGAGCAGGCGGAGGCCGACAAGAAGCAGGCGGAGGACCGCGGCAAGCAGCUUGAGGAGGAACAGCAGGGCCUGCAGAAGAAGCUGAAGGGCACAGAGGAUGAGGUGGAGAAGUACUCCGAGUCUGUCAAGGAGGCCCAGGAGAAGCUGGAGCAGGCGGAGAAGAAAGCUACAGAUGCUGAGGCUGAAGUCGCUUCUCUGAACCGCCGUAUCCAACUAGUGGGAGGAGCUGGACCGAGCCCAGGAGCGCCUGGCCACUGCCCUGCAGAAGCUGGAGGAGGCUGA